AGUCCUCUCCACCCUCCUUUUUGUCUGCAAACGGCUGUCCAAAAGAAAAGCGAAAUGUCAAGCGCGCCUCAUUGCCGUUGUGGUCGAGAAUGCGUCAGUUAUGAAGUGAGAAAACCGGGUCCUAAUCGAGGCAAGUGGUUCUGGAGAUGUGCUACUCAGGCGUGUGGAUACUUUAAAUGGGACACGUCUGCCAGUAAAUUCACAGUCCAUCCUACGAAUGCCUAUGCUCUAGCGCAACCAGCAGUGACACUGAGUCGAGGAAGCGGACCAGGAGGAUUCAUGAACAAACCCAACCUGGACGCACAAUACUUUAUCGAAAAGGCAAGCAAAAAGAAAACCGAGAUUGAAUUCCGGUUACAUUCCACGUCUGAAAUCACGAUCCGCGCCGAUCUCAAUCCGACCCUGUUGCCAGCGCUACAAAACAUUAGCAAUGCCGUGUGGAACGAAGCAUUACAACGGUGGCUCCUUCCUGCAACGUCGCAAGCCUAUGCACGCGCACUCCAACAGAUCCCAUUGGCCCCGAAUUUAAACCUGAACGUGAUACGGCUGUCCAACGCAUUAAAACAAGUCUUGCACGAACAGACGGGCUUGUCGGAUCACACGGUGGAUAUUCGGGAAACUGAUGUCGAGGAAACGAUUCGCAACAUACGUGACUCGGCUCUUUGGAAGACACUCAAGCCGUUCCAACAACAAGGAGUACGAUGCGCUCUGAAACGUAACGGAAGACUUUUGCUUGCGGAUCAGGUUGGCAAAAAGUUGCAAGCGUUGAGUGUGGCUCUGGCGUACCAAAGCGAGUGGCCCCUCUUGAUCAUCUGUCCGAAAGAUGACCAGCCUGAAUGGCAUCGUUUGGUCAUGGAUUGGUUGCCUGUGACGGAAAAAGAUAUCCAUGUCUCCACUGCAGUCACGAAUAUUUUGGGCAAAACGCGCAAGCGCACCAUUGCUAGUGCCGUACAGAAGGGUCUUUUGGUCAAAUCGAAAAAGAGAAAAACGAAGACAGUGUCGGCAACAGUAAGGAGGGCACGGCGGUUUAUCCAGACUCAAGCCAGUGCCACGAGUGAUAGUAGUAGUGGUGAUGAUGAUGAUGAUGAAGAAGAGGAAGAAGAGGAAGAAGAAGAGAUAAUGGGUACCAACGACGACAACAACGACGGCGAAAACAAAUACAAUGUAUCACUCUUCUCGUCCCACAAGAUCCACAUCGUCAAUGAUGAAUUGGCGAACAAAUGUCACAAGCAGUUGCUGGAACGACAUUUCCGUGUGAUUAUUUGUGACAAAAGCCAUAGCUACCUCAAAUAUCUUCCAAGAAAACGUGCCCAACACUACCUGCCAAUGCUAAAAUCCUGCAACCGACUGGUAAUGCUGACAGACGAUUUCAAUUUCGAGAAACCCAUCGAAUUGUUCACACAACUCAGUGCUCUUCGGCCCGAUCUGUUUUCUGACUUUCGACGCUAUGGCCAGCAUUACUGUAAGGCGGCGCAGCAGGUCUUUGGAUGGGACUAUUCGGGCAGGAACAAUCCGGUUGAGCUCAGAUACAUUGUCGACAGGGCGAUAUGGUUGAAGCGGACCAAAGAAGAUGUGCAGGAUCAAUUGCCUUUGGUUUAAAAAAAACUCACUACUCUCUAUUCCAAAAAAAAAAACCCCCAUCUAUUCCUUUUAAUUUGUACAUUUUCUAGUUUAUAAGCUUGUAUAUCUUUCUUUGGCACAUAUCUGCGACAGCUCUUUGUAUAAACACACACAGCACAUUAUUUACUUUUUAUCCCAAAAGCCACACACACACACACACACACACACAC